GAAAAAAGGAAUGUUGUUAAUGAAGUCAAUUAUAAGUCAAUGAUUUUAUCCAAAAAUACCAAUGAUGGGAUAAAUAAUAAUAGUGUAAAUGAUACAGAUAAACAAAUGGCAGUUGAAGCAAAGGUUUUUGCUAGUGAAAAUGUUGAAAAUGCAAAAUACUCAGGUCAUACAUUGGACAUAUCAGGGCCAGCAAAAAAUGUAUAUAGCCAAUUUUUGAAAAAACAAAGUGGUGCUUCUGAUGCAUCAAGUGUAGAUUCAGAUGCUUGCUUAAAUAAGUCAUAUAUUGCUUCAGAUAAGAUGAAAACAUAUGGAUACUUUUAUAGGAAAAUAAUUGCUCAAGCGCCUGUUAGUAAUCUAACUGUAACUGGCAACAACUGGCUGCAACAUGGUGACAUGUUACGAUUGCAAGUAUCAUGUCAAGGUUCUGCACCUUUUCAUUAUUGUCUUUUAAUGAAACCAGGUCUGUACAACAUAACAGGAAAGAGACUUGUGACACUGAAAUAACAACAGAUUUAUGU